UCACCAAUCAUCACCUGAGGUAUAAAUAGGGCGUGGUCACCAGGGCGCAUGGAGUUUGUUGACGAACUUGACGUAUCGGUAGUAUUGAUCAUCUCUGGCUAGUUUCAUCAUGAAUUUGAUACAUUUCCAAGAUUAUUAUAUUUUUAUCCUGACUUUAUUGUGUUGUUGGUCUUUACAGACUGCUUAUUCCAAAUUCGAUCGCGAUUGGUUGAAAAACCUUCACUCAACGUCGCAGGAUGCAGGAAAAAACGUAACCACCAUUCAUCAACCCCGAGCGGCGAUCAAUACUGGUCAUGCGCCGAAACAUCCCGGUGGUAAAGUCAUAAAUAGCGACAACAUUUUCCGGGCGAUUUGGAAUCUGGCCAACAAUUGCGGAGAACGUUUCGGUAUAGAAUUGCCAUUGUCGGAUUACGGGAUUGAAUUUAACAGUAAUCACAGAUGUACUGGUGGAAAUGUGAUCAAUUUGUUCCAUAAAAAUCAGAUGGGACUGUUUCCACGUUAUGUAUAUGAACCUGGGCCUGGCAAUAAAACACAACUAAUUCCAGUGAAUGGAGGAUUACCACAGCUAGCAAACAUAACCCAACAUCUCGAGAAGGCUACAAAGGACAUUAUGAGGACCAUUCGAGAUCCAAAGUUUAAUGGUGUUGCCGUCAUUGACUGGGAAGCUUGGCGUCCCCAAUGGAAAGAGAACUUUGACAUGAUGCGCAUCUAUCAGGAAAAGUCGAUCGCGCAUGUGAAAGAGCUGCAUCCUGAAUGGGACACUGCCAUGGUUGAGUCCGUUGCUAUGCUAGAGUGGGAAGAAGGUGCCAAGCUUUUCAUGGAAAGCACUCUGGAGUUGGCAAAGACACUGCGACCAAACACCACCUGGGGUUUCUAUAUAUACCCGCUCUGUCUACUCGAUGGAGAUACAGCCAAUAUGAGUUGCACAGCUGAAUCAAUGACGUAUAACAACAACAUCAUGUGGCUUUUCAACGAGAGAACAGCACUUUAUCCAUCAAUUUAUCUCAGACCUUUCCAUUUCUAUCAGAAGUUGUAUGUUAGAAGUAAGUUGCAGGAGGCUUUGAGGGUCAGGCAGAGGUCCGACGAUCCUCAAGGAGUUAUCAUGAGCUACACAAGAUUCAACUACUCUGACACAGGUCUCUUCUAUAGUCUGGAAGAUUUGAACAACACCAUCCUGCAGUCCGCCGAGUUCGGCACUAAUGGCAUCAUAUUCUGGGGUGAAACUCUGGAUGUCUCGACUGUAGAGGAGUGUUCACAGCUGCGGAGCUACAUCAUCAAUGCCUUGGGUCCUACGGUGAUGAUGUCACGGAAGGGGGCGGAGUCUUGCAGCAAGAGGAUAUGCAGUGGAAACGGAAGAUGUGUCGGGGACAUACUAACAUGUAGGAGUGCUGGUAGACCAAGGGACCCGAUGAAAGCGGGUGUAGAUCAAGAUCAUGGAGAGAAUACCUGCUCUUGUAGGUGUUUCAGGGGUUGGAAAGGUUAUACUUGCAGUGUACGUAUGUAAAAACUAUUUGACGUGAUAGGCAGGUAUCUAUUUCCUUCAGCAAGUAAUUCAUUGACACUGUGUUGCACUCAAACCUGGUACUGUAGGUCUUUCAUAAAGCUGUUCCUAAAUUACGAGCGUCUUCACAAACGACUGGUGAUCCAUUCUGAGGCGCUAAAUUAUAAUCAAUGAAAAUGUGGUGGAUAUCAUUUACCAGAAGAAAGGAUCUCCUGUCGUUCGUAAAGGCACUUGUAUAGUUGCUCUGACUUAUGAACAGCUUUAUGAAAUACCCACGUGGUGUUGAGAUUGGAUUCAAUUCCCUUAAGCUCAUGCAGCUAGUUACAGCAGGGAUAAUCUCUGCUGAUUUGCCGCUCCAUGGCCCCUCUCAUUCCCGGCGUUUAUUUACUCCGCUCUUGCCCACCUGUUACCAAGAUCCCAACUCCUGCUUCCCCAGAAAUAUCUCCAGACUCCUCAGUGAGGGAAGGAAUAUUGCAGGAUCACAUUUAAGAUAACGAUGAUGUACAGGAUGUGUCCAUAAGUGUAAUGAGGUCAAACAACCAAGACCCACACCUUUAAACGCACACUUUUCUUAUUGAUUUAUAAUGUUUGUAAGUGCGGUGAUAUAGCUUCACUAUGGAGAUGUACUGAAUGCUGGUUAUUAUUCAAAAGACUUAUACGAACCUGUGUUGUUUUUCAUAUGAGGAAUUAUCUGUACAUUUAUUCCUAUUGCCGAGCACAGAAAUUUAGGGAAAAGGGGCAAUAUAAUGAUUAUCAAGCUUUGGUCAAAUGCUUAAAACUUGGUCAAUUUUGAAUGAGCCAAUUCUUCAUGAAUUUCUCAAAUUUUAUUGGUGUAUAGAUAAGCUUACAACUGAUUGUUGAAUUACUGAAGGAAAUGAAUACAGGUACAUAAAAGGGUGUAAUGUAUAAGAAUUAUUAUUGAUUGUGAAGCUUAAAACAAAGUAAUGCGAAACAACAGUAUUUUCAUGAAGUGGAGACUUAGGUUAUUUACUAUGCACAGCACAAAGUAUAUAUUACUAUAUAUUUUAUGCACAAAGAAUAUAUUUAUACUUACUAUGCACAAAGAAAAUAUUUAUAGAUACAUUUAUACAUGUAUCAAAGGGUACUUUUAAAAAUGUGUAUCGUAUUCUAAUAUAUCACAGCAUACAUUACUAGGACAGUAUUUGAACUGAUGAUUCAAAGCACUGUUUGGAGACAUUGAAAUUUGUGAGAUAUUUCUUAUUUUUUGAGCAAGCGCCAUGAGCACCUAGCUGAGGCGGAAACUGGAGUUGUACUAGAACCCAUGCAUCAUCACAUAUCUUGUCUUUUGAAGUGAAAGGUGAACUGCAGGUUAUACAGUAUUUAUACAUUAAUAACACUAUUAGAUAAUUGCUAUAUAUUUAUAUUUGUUUACAGUAAACAGUGGUGCACAAUUUUAGAGAAGCUUGGUAAACAUUGAAACUUCUACCAUGGUAUCAUAUUGCAAAGUUACAAAUUGUGGUAGUGUAAAACAUUCUACUUUCUUGUGAUAAGAUUUUAAUGGCAUUUUAUGUGUAAACAUGUUAAUAAUUCAUUUGGGGUAAUAAUUCCCCACUACCUGUGAUCUAUUGAAAACAGAAAAAAGAAUGAUUUCGGAAGAACACAGAAGUUAGUACGAUUUCAAUGUCAAAACAUAUUUAAAGAUACAGCAAACACAUUCAGUAAAUUCCAAUAAAUUGAAAGAUUUUCUUGUGCCAGUUGUACAUGUAUGUACAACUAUGCAUAUGAGA